CUCCCUCUCAAACUAAAACUUGAGUCAUUGCUGUUGGAUCUUGUAAUCAACAAUGGCUAGAAAUUCGACGGCUGUGAUUUCUGGGUUUGGAAUUCUGGUCUGUGUGAUGUUCUUCUUCCUCAGUGAUGGUAGAAAGAAUCUUCAAUGGCUGAUUCAAGGGUUUCAACCCGACUCAUUACUACUGCUAAAGGAGAACCAAUUUUCAAGGAAGCCACAAGUGCCAUGCUACUUCAUAUUUGGAGACUCGUUGGUUGAUAACGGUAACAAUAACCAUCUUCAAACAUCGGCCAAAGCCAACUUUGCUCCUUACGGCAUCGAUUUUCCUCGAGGCCCGACCGGAAGGUUUUCCAAUGGCCGAACUUACGUGGACUUUCUUGCCGAAUUCUUAGGCUUCAAGCGUAGAAUUCCUCCCUUCGCCACAGCUAGAGAAGAAAGCAUUCUCACCGGCGUGAACUAUGGAUCCGGUGGUGCGGGCAUUCUUGAUAUGACGGGACAAAGUUUGGGUGAAGUUAUUAGCUUGAACAAGCAGUUGCGUAACCAUAGGUCAAUCGUGAACCGAAUUGCCAAUAAGCUACGAAGUAAAGAAUUAGCCGAUCGUCACCUAAACCGAUGUUUGUACACGGUUGGAAUGGGAAAUAACGACUAUCUCAACAAUUAUCUUUCGUCAAACUAUCCCACGAGCCAAUUAUACACCCCCGAACAAUACGCAACACUUCUAGUCCAAAAAUUCUCCCAUCAAUUAAAGAAAUUGUACAAACUAGGAGCAAGGAAAAUUGGGGUAUCAGAAGUGGGCCUAUUGGGUUGUUUACCGGGUGUAAUGGGCAUUAAUGGAUCAGCUUGUGUGGGUUUCAUCAAUGACUAUGCCGAGCUCUUCAACAGCAGGCUUGGACCCGUCAUAGAUGGUCUCAACGCUAAUCUUACCGACGCAACAUUUAUCUUGUUGCCGCCUGGGAACUCAACCGUGCCCGGUGUGACGAUACUGAAUGCUCCUUGUUGUAAUGUGACUUCAAGUGGAGAAUGUUAUCCAAACCAAAUGACAUGUAAAAAUAGGACAAGUUAUUACUUUUGGGAUGCUUUUCAUCCUACGGAGCAGGUUUACAAAUCCGCAGCACUAAAUGUUUACAAUGUCAUAUCUACAUCGAUCUUGAAAGAAAAAGCUCGCACUUGGAGAAUUUUCGAUCAAUAAGCUUGGCAAGAUUGUGAUGAUCACAUUUAUGUCGUUUCUCUUUCGUGUGAACGUGUGAACUCAUAUCAAGUGUGUAUUAUUAAUGAAUAAUGUAACUUCCAAUAAGGCUUGUUCAAACUUGUCAUUGUGCCUAUUUAUAAUUAAACUUAUUUUUAUGUUGUUCA